GCCCAAACCCUAAAACACUCUACUACCUAUAAAUUCCAAACCUCUCCCCACAUUUCGGGGUUCGCUCGCCGCCGCCUACGCAUUUUUGCUUCUUCCGAUCCUUGCCGACGUCGUCGUUUAACCACACCGUAAAUUCACCAUGGUUGCCGCAAAGAAAACCAAGAAGACUCAUGAGAGCAUUAACAAUAGGCUCGCUCUUGUUAUGAAGAGUGGGAAGUAUACAUUGGGAUACAAAACUGUUCUCAAGACCAUUAGAAGUUCAAAAGCCAAACUUGUUAUCAUUGCCAACAAUUGCCCUCCUAUCAGGAAGUCCGAGAUCGAAUAUUAUGCUAUGUUGGCAAAGGUUGGAGUUCACCACUACAACGGAAACAACGUAGAUUUGGGAACUGCCUGCGGUAAAUACUUCAGAGUCUGUUGCCUCAGUAUUAUUGACCCAGGUGAUUCUGAUAUUAUUAAGAGCUUGCCUGGUGACCAGUGAGAGGUGGUGUUGGAUUAGAUGCUGUUUUGGAUCUUAUUCGGAAGUUGCCCAUUGUUAUUAUGGAAGUAGCUACUAUAGAUGAGCUUGGCAACUUCAUUGAUCACUUGGAAGAAAUUUUUGAUGAUGUUGAAUCUGAUUUAACAAUUUUCCUGAGUUAUCUUUCAAUCUACUCUGUCAACUUUGAUU